AUGCCUAAGCCAACAAAUAUAGGUAUUGAUCUUUCUAACCGUUUAAGCACCGAAGAGAGAAACUACCCCCGUGAUGCUUUGAGAGAGAAGCAUGAUGAGUGGAUAGGGAAGAUGACUGAUGAACAGAGAGCAAUCUAUGAUGAGAUCAUUACAGCUGUUUUAAAAGAUUGUGGAGGAGUGUUUUUUGUUUAUGGGUUUGGAGGUACAGGGAAGACAUUUCUGUGGAAAACAUUAUCUGCUGCUGUGAGGUAUAGGGGAUUGAUUGCUAUUAAUGUUGCUUCUAGCGGGAUUGCAUCUUUGUUGUUGGAUGGAGGAAGGACUGCUCAUUCCAGGUUUGGUAUCCCUAUAAAUCCUGAUGAUUUUACAAUGUGUAAUAUCAGUCCUGAGUCUGAUCUUGCUAAUAUGCUGAAAGAAACAUCUCUAAUUAUAUGGGAUGAAGCACCAAUGAUGAGCAGGUAUUGUUUUGAAAAUCUGGAUAGGAGCUUAUCAGAUAUUAUGAAGAAUACUGAUAAUAAGCCGUUUGGUGGAAAGGUUGUUGUAUUUGGGGGUGAUUUUAGACAGGUAUUACCUGUUAUCAGUGGUGCAGGAAGGGCUCAAAUAGUGCUUGCAGCACUAAAUUCAUCUUAUCUCUGGGAACACAUUAAGGUCCUAACCUUAACAAAGAACAUGCGUUUAAUGUCAGAGGAUUUGUCUGAAAGUGCUGCCCGCGAUAUUAAAGCGUUUUCAGAUUGGAUAUUAGCUGUUGGUGAAGGAAAAGUUGCUGAACCGAAUGAUGGAGAGGCUUUGAUUGAUAUUCCCGAGGAGUUCUUAAUAGAAAACAGUAAUGAUCCAAUUGAAGCUAUUAGCAGAGCAGUUUAUGGUGAUUUAGAGAUGUUGCACAAGAGAGCUGAACCAAAGUUCUUCCAAUCAAGAGCAAUCUUAUGCCCAACAAAUAACGAUGUCAAUACCAUAAACGAACGUUUGCUGGAGAAGUUACAAGGUGAAGAAAUGGUGUACUUAAGUGCGGAUAGUAUUGAUCCCCAAGAUAGCGAGUCAUUGAACAACCCAGUUUUCACUCAAGAUUUUCUUAAUAGUAUAAGGCUUUCGGGCUUGCCAAAUCACUCUCUACGUCUUAAGGUUGGUGCACCUGUUAUGCUUCUAAGGAAUAUAGAUCCAAAAGCUGGUUUGUGCAACGGUACAAGAUUGAAGAUUACCCAGAUGGGUCAUAAUGUUCUAGAGGCGAGUGUGAUUACUGGUGAUAGAGUUGGGCACAAAGUUUUGAUUCCGAAGGUUCUUAUCAAACCGUCCGAUACAAAAUUGCCAUUCAGGAUAAGGAGAAGACAGUUUCCAUUGUCUAUCGCUUUUGCAAUGACUAUAAACAAGAGUCAAGUACAGUCACUUCAAGAGGUUGGUUUAUUUCUACCUAGACCAGUUUUCUCUCACGGGCAACUUUAUGUAGCAUUGUCAAGGGUGACAUCAAAGAAGGGUUUGAAAAUUCUCAUAGUCGAUAAAGAAGGACAAUCACAGAAAGAAACAAUGAAUGUUGUUUUUAAAGAAGUUUUCCAGAACCUUCGAAAUUGA